AUGGAAAUAAACAGUAUACAGUUUCAAUAUGUUUGUGGUCAAAAAGUCUUUGGAAAUAAGAUGGUACGUGUUCCAACCCAUCCAAAUGGGAAAGCAAUAUGUUGGGAAUUUGCUACAGACAAUUAUGAUUUAGGUUUUGGAUUGUAUUUUGAAUGGGAUUUGGAACCGCCUGAAAAUAUUUCUGUUAAUAUUUCGGAGUCAAGUGAUGAAGAAGGAGGUGAAGAUGAGGAUGAAGAAGGACCUAGUAAUGGAAAUUCUGUGGAGCAAACGUCGCCUGAAAACGAAAAUAAGGAAUCUCAUGAUUUGGAAUUAGGCAGAAAGUCAUUACAACAACGUUUACCUACUGACGAACUUAUACCAAUCUAUAGAAGGGAUUGUCAUACAGAAGUUUAUUGUGGUAGCCAUCAGUAUCCAGGUGUUGGUGUAUAUGUAUUCAAAUUCGACAAUUCAUUUUCUCUCUGGCGUUCUAAGUGGUUGUAUUACCGUAUUUUCUACACGCAUUGA